AUGGCCACCACAAACUUUGAUGUGAUACAAACCGUGCCACGCGUGGCGACUCUCAUUUACCAGACUCACAAGCUAUGGCAGGAAGUGAAGAAUGUCCCGGACGGGAUUAUGGGGCUUGUAGACCAGCUAAAGGCCCUUGAGUCCAUUUUCUCAGAUAUUGAAGACCAGUUCAACGAAGAUGGUGCCUCGGCAUCCUUCAAGAAUUGCCUUGAACUAUCCAAAAAGGCUCAUGAUUCCUUGGGAGUUCUAGUUGCGGAUAUGAGAACACAGCUGCAAGCAAAUAAGAGGAUGAAGCGCAAAUAUGCGGCAGUCAAGAUUUUGCUCAAUAAGGCUGUCUUGGAGAGGCUUGAGCAGAGUCUAUCUCGAUGCAUGAACUUUUUACAACUAGCAAUACAAGCAUAUCAAAUGGCAAUGCUUCGGAAACUUAGCUCUCAGACCACCUCAGCAAGAUUCCAGCCACAGAAUCAUGCACAGGUCCAACAACUUCUUCCACAACAAUCACAAACCAAAAUGCCUCAAAAUCAAUUCAAUGAUGAUGACUCGCUCAUAGUUCACAGGAGUGCGACUACGGUAUCCAAAAAGUCCUCAGGUUCAUUUGCAUUUUCACUGUCAAAAGAUGCACGGUUUGCAUUGACUUACACGCAUACUGGUGCCUGGCAAGCACAGGUGCAGUUACCGAGUUGGCUGUCAAGGUCAAUUUACGAACUUAUGUCUCGACCAUCUAUUGCAGGCUGGACAUAUAGCUACCGAGUAUACAAUAUUGUUCCACAGGAUUCGGAGAUUAUCAUGAGAAUCCAGGCCGGGGAUCUAGUGGGAGUGCAAGAGCUCUUCAGUACCAAGAAAGCAUCGCCUUUCGAUAGAAGUAUAUACAACGAUUCACUAUUACAUGAAGCUGCAUCUUGCCACCAAUACGAGAUAUGCCAGCUACUGCUUAAUCUUGGUCUCCGGACUCAGCUGGAUGAAGGAGAUAAGCCCAGCUCGACGCCUCUAGCGAGCAUUGCUAGUUCAGUCGUUUCUGACACGACAGCGAAAAACAAGAUAUUAAUGGACACUAUUCCAAGGAAAAUCGCAAAGCUAUUUUCUUUGUAUCUUCAAGAACCAGAUGCCUUGCCGGCGGAGAGACUGCUGGAUUUUGUAAGGGAAUAUUCCACUAACGAUCUCAAUGUGAAGAUUUUCCAGGAGCUUUUCAUGCCUAGCUAUUAUUUUCGCUUAUUGCGAGACCGUUUAGAGGCUGUGCGACUCGGGGCUUUCAUCGUCCAAUCUCCAAAGACUCUUGCAAAUUUUAUUUCAGAAGAUGGAAUAAUCAAGCAAGCCGAUGUUAGGCAAUCGACCCGUGAGAAAUCGUCGCUCAUGCACUCUGCAGCCAUCACGUUUGGCUGCAGAUACCCCGAGGUGCUCUCUCCUUAUGAGAAACCUUUCGCCUGGUUUCGGGCAUAUGGCUCACUUUGGGGUUCGUUUGUAAUGAACAUUGCUUCCAUGGCGAACGAAAAAGACCUACACAGUAUCGAGGAGGUUGUCCCGUGGGACGGUUACCAGGUGACUACCUGGAGAGGAACACCAUUCAUAUCAGUCAUAGGGGCGACUCUCUGCUAUCUUUGCCCAGAGAUUUCGCUCUAUCACUGGGAUACUAUACUCCAGGGCUGCAUUCGAAAAUGGUUGUCCUUAUUAAAAGAAGCAGGCGUUGAUUUGAUGGAAUACGGGAAGAGGGAGAUGGAACUUCUUGUUGGUGGGGAUGAUGGUAUCAGAGGGGCUUUUGACGCUCACGCCAUUGAGCGCUCAAGAUGUAUUAUACGACGGCCUAUGAAUGGGGUGGAGCCAGUGAAAAAGAUAUGUCGCAUGUCUGAUGAUAUGUGCUGGAGUGACACGCAUUGGAUUCCGCUUCGGCUUAUCGAUCUCAAGAUUGGGCCAAAGCCAGACGACUGGGAGAUUAUAUGGGCACCCGAGUUUGAGUAUAUGGCAUACGAGUUUUGGAUGAGCAUAGAGAGGAACAUGGUUCGGAUGCCUGGAGCUUGGGUGGAUUAG